GCGGCCCUUCUUGGGGUGGGGUGGGCGCCCUAAAACUGGUCUCACGGCCGGGGCGGCGGGGCCAUGGGCGCUGGAUGCGCGCGGGGGGCGCGGUGUGGGGCGCUGUUGGGGGCGCUGUUCUGCGCGCUCGGCCUGGUGGAGGGCUGCGGCCCCGGGCUCGUGGUGCUCGGCGCCGGCUCCAACCAGCGCUGCUGCCAAUGCGCCGGCGCCCAGAGCUGCCCAGAGCAGGGGCGGAACUGCACGUGUGUUUUGGCGGAGCACCACUGCAUGGACCCGGAGUGCGGCAGCUGCAAGCACCACCCCUGCCCUCCGGGUCAGCAGGUGCGUCCGCAAGGAAAGUUCACUUUCGGCUUUGAAUGUGUUGACUGCACAGUCGGGACCUUCUCCCCUGGUCACGAGGGACGCUGCAGGCCGUGGACAGACUGCUCGAAGCUUGGCUUCUCCACCGAGUUCCCGGGGAACAAGACUCACAAUGCCCGGUGCCAGCCAGAGCCAGUGCCUGCCACCCAGCCACAGUGCCUGCUGACCAGGCUCGUGCUGGCUGUGGCUGCCUGCUCCCUGGUCUUGGCCACUGCCCAGUUGGGCCUGCAUGCUUGGCAACUGCGGAGGCAGCAGGCACGGCUCCCAGGUCAGUGGCACCCCAGGCCAGGGGAGGGGUUGCCCAGCCCACCUGCUGACCUGGGCCCCUCCUCAGAGAACCUCCAGGACACACCCCCCGAGGAUGCCUGCAGUUGCCAGUACCCUGAAGAGGAGCGGGGCGAGCAGUUGGAGGACAAGGACUGGACAGGGAGCCUGUGGGUGUGACACCUGGCACCAACUGCUGGCUCAGACGCUGCAGAGAUUCGCCCCUGACAGGUCUCCCCAAUAAACACUGCCUUGGAGCUGGCCCUGCUCCCACCCACAGCAGAAGUGGGUGGGGGUGCUGACCCCCUGGAACACGUGGAAGUCUUGGCAGCUGAGGCUAGACCCCAAGGCAGUAUCCGUGUCCCAACACGGAACCACUGUAGAUGGCACCAAUAAACACUUCACAGUCA